AGUUCAAAAAAAUGGCGAUGUCCAUCGGCAAGCAAUCCUUGAAGGUUAUUUUGAGAUCAUGUGAAAAAAUAAAUGGUUUUCAACCCCUGUUUGCUCCAAAACUUAUUAAUAAUGCAACAAAACGACGUGAACUGUGCCUUGCCUUUGCGUGUAAUAAGUGGCAAAAGCAUAUACAGCAGCAUCUUCCAACUGAGUAUACUCCAGAAGAACUUAUCACAUGGUCGCGAACAGAGGCUCAAGAGUUAUGUACAAAAAGGUUACAAAACGCUUUGGUAGAAUCAGGAGGACAUCAGAAAACUUUAGAAUGUUGUACAUAUGUUUGUGAUGGCUCGGGAAAGUUAAUUAGACCCCAGUUAGUUUUAUUGACUGCAGGGGCUUGUUUUGAAAAUUCUCUUCCUUCGUCUGAUCAAAAAACGAUAGCAAUGAUAGCAGAAGUGAUUCAUACAGCUUCCUUGGUUCACGAUGACAUUGUUGAUAAUGCAGAAUUACGAAGAAAAAAGCCAUCAUCCCACUUAGUCUUUGGUGACACUUUAACAACAUUUGUUGCCGACUACAUGAUUAGUGUAUCUUCCCAGUUAUUAGCCCGUUUAAGAAAUCCAAGAGUUAUAAAACUACUUUCCCAAGCAAUGAAUGAUAUCGUUAGAGGAGAGUUAAGUCAACAAAAACAAGGUGCAAAUUUAAAAGAACAAUUUUCAUUAUAUAUGGACAAAACCUUUGCGAAAACUGCCAGCUUGACUACAAAUGCAUGUGCUGCAGUUGCAGUAUUAGCAAAAUGUAACGAUCAAUUAGUAGAGAACGCAAGAAACAUAGGAAAACAUGUCGGCUUAGCCUAUCAAUUGGUUGAUGAUUUGUUGGAUCUCGUGAGCACCGAGGAAAAGUUGGGUAAACCUGCAGUGGCAGACAUGAAAUUAGGAUUAGCCACUGCUCCCGCUUUACUGGCAGCUAGAGACAGUGCGAAACUACAAGUGAUAAUUCAAAGAAGAUAUUCGCAAGAUGGAGACAUCGAAAAUGCACUAGAAUUGAUAGAAAAAUAUGACGGAAUUCAAAAGACUAGGGAUUUAGCAAAAGAACAUACUCUUAAAGCGAUUGAAAAUGCUAGGCAACUUCCUAAUAUCGUGUUCGCUGAAGCUCUUCACUUGUUUAUUGAAAGACUACUUGGUAGAUACUUCUAG